AUGUCGAGAACUACACAGGAACUACUCGGCAAGGUGCGCAUGAUGGUGCCACCCAUGUUGGGGAAAUUUCAUAAAGGUCAACUCGGGCGGGUCGCUGUCAUAGGAGGUAGUGAAAACUAUACCGGUGCACCAUACUUCUCUGCUAUGGCAUCAGCACGGCUAGGCUGUGACUUGUCCCACGUCUUCUGCACGCCUCCAGCCGCCAAUGUCAUAAAAACUUACUCCCCAAACCUCAUGGUCCACCCAAUCAUGCGCGAGACAAACGAAGUCCCUGCCUCCCACUCCCCCGCCACCGACAUCGCCUCUCCCAUAAUCAAAAUGCUCAGCAACCUCCACGCUGUGGUAAUAGGUCCUGGACUUGGCCGUGACGCCCUCAUGCAAGCUACAGUUGCUGAAAUCAUCAAAGGCGCUCGAGAAGCGAAUGUGCCCUUAGUGCUUGACGCGGACGCGCUGUGGCUGCUGCAAGAACAACCGGAUCUCAUAAAGGGGUACAAAGAGUGCGUGCUGACGCCAAAUGUGGUCGAAUUUGGGCGAUUGGUGAAAGCGCUGGGGCUGAGCGAGGAGGAGAUACCGGACACGGGUGAGGCAGGUUGUAAGAAGUUAGCGCAGGCAUUGGGUGGGGUGUGCAUCGUGAGGAAGGGACAGGUCGAUUGGAUCAGCAAUGGAGAAGGGACGCUGCAGGGGGAUCUGCAGGGUGGGAACAAAAGGUCGGGGGGCAAGGCGAUACACUGA